UAUUGGUUUCUUUUUCCUUUUUGGCUUUUUUGCUGUUGGCCUCUGCUUCUCGUCAUCUCCAACCUUUUUCACAUUCAAACUGCAACCCAGAUUUCCUUUCCCCCAUCUUCUGAUGACUGAUUCUCUUUCACCUGAUCAUAGUCGAUGCUUCAAUUCCACACAUUUAGACUUCAGUUUUCCAUUUUGAAUCAAAAUUCCAAUGAUCGCAUGGCUAUAAUCGCUGAGUCGAAGAUCGAGAAUUUUUAACUGCAGAAGCUGAAAUAAUCGAUUUGCGAUUCGUUAAUAGUUUUUAUUAGAUUUCUGAUUCUUCGAUGGGGAAGUGAUGUUUUGCUAAAACAGAGGUGUUGUGCUUGUGCUACAGGGGAGUGGGCAUUUAUUCAAUGCCUUGUUUUGGUGUAUGAGGAAAUGAAUGUUUAAGUAAAAAUUAACUAUUAACUAAAAUAAUAUAAGAGUGACUUCUUAUCUGCAAACUUGGAAGUGUCACUUUAAAUUUUGAACUUAAUUUCCACCACGAAAAAUGUUUUUUUUUUUUAUUUGAACUAACCAAUCACUUUUCUUGUAUUUUUAUACCCCUCUCUCUCUCUCUGCAUUAUUAGGUUAAAGAUCUUCACGGAUUUCUAGUUACAUUGUAUUUAGUCCUGUAUCAAAGUUUGCAAUUUUAUUUCAUUUUACGUUUGAAACUCUAUUUAGCUCAACCUAUUGUUUUAUGGAGGAAGAUUUGAACUGAUAGUUGUCCGGAUAUAUCAGAAUAUAUGCAGGUUAGCCUACUUUUCUAGCUGAGUUGGUUAGAAAUUAAAAUCUGUAAUUGAGCUACAUUCAAUGGCUGACCGUAAUGCUAAUGUCCGACCCCCAAAUGGCAAGCCUUCAGGAGCCACCAAUCCUUAUUCUAUAGAUUUGAAUAACUUCAGUAAGCGGUUGAAAAUGUUAUAUUCACACUGGAAUGAACACAACAGUGACCUAUGGGGUGCUUCUGAUGCUCUUGCUGUAGCAACACCUCCACCUUCUGAGGAUCUGAGAUACCUGAAAUCAUCAGCACUGAAUAUCUGGUUGGUUGGUUAUGAGUUCCCAGAGACUAUCAUGGUCUUCAUGAAGAAGCAGGUUCAUUUCUUAUGUAGUCAAAAAAAGGCUUCUUUGCUUGAUGUUGUAAAGAAGUCCGCAAAGGAGUCUGUAGGUGUUGAAGUUGUGAUGCAUGUGAAGGCCAAAAAUGAUGAUGGAAGUGGCUUGAUGGAUAACAUUUUUCGUGCUGUUCAUGCCCAGUCAAACUCUACUAAUCAUGAUAUUCCUGUCAUUGGAUACAUAGCAAGGGAAAGUCCUGAGGGAAAGCUUUUGGAGAUAUGGGAUGGAAAAUUAAAGAAUGCAAAUUGUGAGUUAAGUGAUGUAACAAAUGCAUUCUCAGACUUGUUUGCUGUCAAAGACAACAAUGAGCUUACAAAUGUGAGGAAAGCAGCAUUCUUGAUUUCAUCAGUGAUGAAGCAAUUUGUGGUACCAAAGCUUGAAAAGGUCAUUGAUGAAGAGAAGAAAGUCUCCCAUUCGUCAUUGAUGGAUGACACAGAAAAGGCAAUUCUAGAACCUGCUAGAAUUAAAGUGAAGCUGAAGGCAGAGAAUAUUGACAUAUGUUACCCUCCAAUUUUUCAGAGUGGAGGAGAGUUUGAUCUCAAACCAAGUGCUGCAAGCAAUGAUGAGAAUCUUUACUAUGACUCCACUAGUGUGAUCAUAUGUGCCAUAGGAUCCCGAUACAACAGCUACUGUACAAAUGUUGCUAGAACCUUUCUGAUUGAUGCCAAUUCCACGCAGAGCAAGGCAUAUGAAGUCCUUCUUAAAGCCCAUGAAGCGGCAAUUAAUGCAUUGAGAUCUGGGAAUAAAGUCAGUGCUGUUUACCAAGCAGCACUCUCUGUAGUUGAGAAGGAUGCGCCAGAAUUAACUCCAAACUUGACCAAAACUGCAGGAACUGGAAUUGGCCUUGAGUUUCGUGAGUCAGGCCUCAGUCUUAACUCUAAGAAUGAUCGAAUUUUGAAGCCUGGAAUGGUUUUCAAUGUGGUACUUGGCUUUCAGAAUUUGCAGACAGAGACUAAAAAUCCAAAGACCCAGAAAUUCUCAGUGUUACUUGCUGACACAGUGAUUGUUGGUGAAAAGUCCCCAGAUGUAGUAACUUCAAAGAGUUCCAAGGCGGUCAAGGAUGUGGCUUACUCAUUCAAUGAGGAUGAUGAAGAAGAAGAAGAUAGGCCAAAAACCAGAUCUGAAGAUAAAGCGGGUGAAACCACAUUGUCUAAGGCAACACUCAGGUCAGACCACCAGGAAAUAUCAAAGGAAGAAUUGCGGAGGCAGCACCAGGCUGAACUUGCCCGCCAGAAGAAUGAAGAGACUGCCAGGAGGCUUGCUGGUGGGGGUUCUGGUGCAUCAGACAGUCGAGGUUCUGCGAAGAUGAUUGGUGAUUUAAUUGCUUAUAAGAAUGUUAACGACUUGCCCCUUCCAAGAGACUUGAUGAUUCAGAUUGACCAGAAGAAUGAGGCUGUCCUUUUGCCAAUUCAUGGAAGCAUGGUGCCUUUCCAUGUUGCUACUGUCAAGAGUGUGUCGAGCCAGCAGGAUAGUAAUCGAACAUGCUACAUAAGGAUAAUAUUUAACGUCCCUGGUACUCCUUUCAGUCCUCAUGAUGCAAAUACUCUUAAGUUUCAAGGAUCAAUAUAUUUGAAGGAAGUUUCAUUUCGCUCCAAGGAUUCUAGACAUAUCAGUGAAGUGGUGCAACAGAUUAAAACCCUGCGUCGGCAGGUCAAUUCCAGAGAGUCUGAGAGGGCUGAAAGGGCAACCUUAGUUACUCAGGAAAAACUGCAACUUGCAUCUGCCAAAUUCAAGCCGAUCAAAUUGCUGGAUCUAUGGAUUCGCCCACCUUUUGGUGGUCGUGGAAGAAAGCUGACUGGUUCACUCGAAGCUCAUGCAAAUGGGUUCCGCUACUCAACUUCAAGGCCAGAUGAACGUGUUGAUGUCAUGUUUGGUAACAUCAAACAUGCAUUCUUCCAACCAGCAGACAAGGAAAUGAUCACUCUUCUGCAUUUUCAUUUGCACAAUCACAUAAUGGUUGGGAACAGAAAGACCAAGGAUGUUCAGUUUUAUAUUGAGGUAAUGGAUGUGGUCCAGACAGUUGGAGGUGGAAAGAGAUCUGCCUAUGACCCAGAUGAGAUAGAGGAAGAACAACGAGAGAGGGAUCGAAAGAAUAAAAUAAACAUGGACUUCCAGAAUUUCGUAAACCGAGUGAAUGAUGUUUGGGGCCAACCCCAAUUCAAAGCAUUUGACCUUGAGUUUGAUCAACCUCUGAGAGAGCUUGGGUUCCAUGGCGUGCCUCACAAAGCCUCAGCUUUCAUUGUCCCUACAUCAACCUGCCUGGUUGAACUGGUAGAAACGCCUUUUGUUGUUAUCACUCUGAGUGAGAUUGAGAUAGUUAAUCUGGAGAGAGUUGGUCUUGGGCAGAAGAAUUUUGAUAUGACUAUUGUAUUUAAAGACUUCAAGAGGGAUGUCCUUCGGAUAGACUCUAUUCCAUCCACAUCACUUGAUAACAUCAAGGAAUGGCUAAACACAACUGACCUCAAGUACUACGAGAGUAGAUUAAAUCUGAACUGGCGGCCUAUAUUGAAAACUAUCACUGAUGAUCCAGAAAAAUUCAUAGAGGAUGGUGGUUGGGAAUUUUUAAACAUGGAAGCUAGCGAAUCAGAUUCAGACAACUCAGCAGAAUCAGACCAAGGAUAUGAGCCUUCAGAUGUGCAAUCUGACUCAGUAUCUGAAGAUGAGGAUGAUGAUAGUGAGUCACUGGUGGAAUCUGAAGAUGAUGAGGAUGAGGACUCUGAGGAAGACUCAGAUGAGGAUGACGGAAAGACAUGGGAUGAGCUGGAGAGGGAAGCAAGCUAUGCAGACAGGGAGAAAGGGGAUGACUCGGACAGCGAGGAGGAGAGAAAAAGAAGGAAAAUGAAGGCUUUCGGUAAGGCUCGAGCACCACCACCUCGAGCACCUGAUAGAAGGAAUGCUGGCAGUAGCCUUCCCAAAAGGCCUAAGUUAAGGUGAAAGUAGAUAUCCAUGUUGUUUUAUUGCUUUAUUAAAGGUAAACCAGCAGAGUAAUGCAUCAGCAGAUCAUAGUUGUCUAGUCUAGCCUUCUUCUGAGAAAGCAUAUGUUGAAAAGGUCUCUUAUAUUGCUAUUCUCUUUGCAUUUUGAACAAUCUUGUUAAAUUACGAUUCCGUGCUUGUAAGAUAGUGGUUUAAAUUUAGACCAAGAGUUUUAGCUGUGCUGUUGCUUGUAAAAUACUGGAAAUCAAAAAUUCACAUAAAGUUCUGCAUUUCUUUCUAUCUGAAUAUUAAAUUUUGCAUA